CCGAGGGGACACCCAUACCGAUACUCAAUGCAAAAAAUAUAAGCGUCUAAUCGGGGGUAGGAGGAACGGAGGUGUAAAGAGAUAGAGACUCCUCUGUCUCUCAAUUUCUUGAAUUAAUUAACACAAUAUACAUGAAACAAAACUACACCUCCAUAAGCCGUCUUUGAAAUACUUUAUAUACAAAUGUAUGUAUUUAUAAAUGUAAAUAUUUAUCUACAUUGACAUUACAGCUGGACACUCCACGCUUGCGCAACUCAGCUACACGAGUAUCUUAACUAGCCUACUCUUGAAGCUUACUGUAAGACUACUGCGACAACUACUGCAAUUACUACCAUUACUACUUGUACUUCCACUAAGACAAUUGUUAUUUCUGCUGUCAGACGUUCCCCGUUGGAAGAUGACAACUUUAACAAACGGACAGGUGGACGGCAUGGGUCACGGCAGCGCUGCCAGCACGAAUGGGCUCGUGAACGGAUUAAGCCACAGUCACAGCCCCGCGAGCUGCGCCACCAUCCCCAUGAAGGACCACGAUGCCAUCAAACUAUUCAUCGGGCAAAUACCGCGCAAUCUGGACGAGAAGGACCUCCGACCGCUCUUCGAGGAAUUCGGAAAGAUCUACGAACUCACUGUCCUCAAGGACCGCUUCACCGGCAUGCACAAAGGUUGCGCCUUUCUGACCUACUGUUCCAGAGAGUCGGCACUGAGGGCCCAAACUGCCCUUCAUGAACAGAAGACUCUGCCAGGGAUGAACAGACCAAUCCAAGUGAAACCGGCAGACAGUGAGAGCAGAGGAGAAGACAGAAAACUCUUUGUGGGCAUGCUCAACAAGCAGCAGUCGGAGGACGACGUGCGACGCCUCUUCGAGGCCUUCGGCUGCAUCGAGGAGUGCACCAUCCUCAGAGGCCCCGACGGAAACAGCAAAGGCUGUGCCUUUGUGAAGUACUCCUCGCACACAGAAGCACAGGCAGCUAUCGGAGCUCUGCACGGCAGCCAAACCAUGCCUGGCGCUUCCUCCAGCCUGGUGGUGAAGUUUGCGGACACGGAUAAGGAGCGCACUAUCCGGCGCAUGCAGCAGAUGGCGGGUCAGAUGGGUCUCUUCAGCCCCAUGGCCCUUCCGUUCGGCCCCUACGGAGCCUACGCACAGGCACAGGUGCAGCAGCAGGCAGCGUUGAUGGCGUCGGUGGGGCAGGGAGGGUAUCUGAGCCCCAUGGCAGCCUUCGCUGCCCAGAUGCAGCACAUGGCCACUAUCAACGGGCUGCCAGGUGGGCCACUAACACCCACGUCAGGUGGCAGCACACCUCCAGGCAUCCCAGCCCAAGCAGUGACCAGCAUCGCCUCCCCCAUCAGCGUGAACGGUUUCACAGGGCUGCCCCCACCUCAGCCCAACGGCCCACCCCCGGCAGAGGCCGUCUUCACCAACGGGAUACACCCCUACCCAGCACAGAGCCCCACUGCUGCUGACCCCCUCCAGCAGGCCUAUGCAGGAGUGCAGCAGUACGCAGCAGCCUAUCCCACAGCAUACGGACAGAUUAGCCAGACCUUUGCCCAGCCUCCUCCUCUCAUCGCUCAGCAACAGAGAGAAGGACCAGAAGGGUGUAACCUGUUCAUCUACCACCUCCCUCAGGAGUUUGGAGACGGCGAGCUCAUGCAGUCCUUCCUGCCUUUCGGUAAUGUCAUCUCCUCCAAAGUGUUUGUGGAUCGGGCGACAAACCAAAGUAAAUGCUUUGGCUUUGUGAGCUUUGACAACCCCGCCAGCGCACAGGCAGCCAUCCAAUCGAUGAACGGCUUCCAGAUCGGCAUGAAGAGGCUCAAAGUCCAGCUGAAGAGGCCGAAGGACGCCAAUCGCCCCUACUAGCCCCACCCACAAGUCUCACCGGGUUGGGGGGGGGGGUGACCAAUGGCGGAGCACAAUGGGGCUGAAAGGUUUUUGAAAUGCAUGUUGUUUACCUGGGAAACUAAAAAAAAAAUGUAAAAACUUAAAUAAAUAAAUUUACGCAUACUGAAUGCAGAAUGCAGAGAUACAGGAGCAGCGAGGAUCUGGAACUGGCCUGAAAGGAUCAAAUUAACUGUCAUUGCUGGACCUAAUCAACAGAUAAUAGCAAAGAUGGGAACCGUUGACAGGUGCCUAUGUGGGAACCUGGGGGGGGCAACCCCCAAACCCGUCCACCAAUCAGAUCUCUCCAAAUCUGGACAAAGCACUUCUGAAUUGCUAAGUACAAAUAAAAUAGAAACUAAUAAGACCAGCGGGGAGCAGACCAUGCAUACAACCGGACAAGUCCAGACCAAACAAAAAGAACAACUAGGCAAAACAAAAAAGCUCCACAGAGGAAGCAUAGGUUUUACGCAUUCAAAAAAAGGACAACUAUUUUGGAGAAGCUAACACACAGAACUGUGCUCUUUUGUUUUUUUCUCCUUCCUAGACUGGGAAAUGAUCUUUUUUAAGAGGCUUACAGACCUUUUUUCAGGUCAAUGUGACCCGGAUCAGCCAUCUUUACUUGGAGUGCCUCUCCGUUUCCAUGGGACGUUGUUACCAUGUUGACUCUUAGCAACAGUCUCCAUGGAGUCUUACUCAUCAUUCCUUAGCUAUUAUUGGGACCAAAGGACCGAGCAUUUUUAUCACUCAAAGACUUGCGGCUGCAGCUCAGUUGGACCAUUUCCGUAUCUACUGCUGUUUGCAAACGGCUUUGAUGAGUUAUGUUUAAAAAAAAAAGAAAAGAAAUAUUGUAAAGUUAAUAUAUCGCUGAUAUGCUUUUUAAAAUAAGAACUGUUCCCUGUUUGAUACUUGCAGCUGCUGUACAGGAUGCCAGUGUUGCCACGAAGGACAUUCACAAAAGCUUGUUCACAAUUGCAGCCCAAUAUCAAUCCUAGGUUCAUUUA